ACGCUAAAUAUGUCCAUGGGAUGUAAUAGAUUGAUUGCAUUAUAGUUAAAUUGGCAGGUAACUUAGAGGCCGUGGCCAGAAGGUGUGUUGAUGGCAGGAUACUGAAGGAUUUAUGGAAUCUGAAUUCUGAAAUGAGUGAAGUUCAAUGCUGCAGGCACCCAUUACCUCCCAAGUGAAGAAGUUUGACACCCAGUUAGUCAUUUACUAACAACUGCUGUAGCACAAAUACCUGGAAAGAUCCUGCCAUGUCUGAGGAUGAACAGAUAAAGUCUGCCUCAUUUUCCCCAGAGGAGAACGGUGUGUACAAUCCAGAGCCAACUGGAAAAGUGAGAGACUGUCUUCUCAAACUGUCCUUGGAAGCCAGUGAACUGUACCUCACCAAUGAAGUGCCUGUCCUAGAUGACAUCCCAUCACCAUUAGAGUUGUACAGAGAAUGGAUAGCUCCCAACAAACCUGUAAUAUUUCGGGGAGCCGUUAAAAAAUGGCCAGCCAUUGGAAAGUGGUCGUAUGAUUACCUACGAAAACAAAUUGGCAACAAAGAAGUGAGUGUGGCCGUCACCCCAAAUGGUUAUGCCGACGCUCCGUGUGAUGGGUAUUUUGUGAUGCCUGAAGAGCGCUCCAUGAUGUUUGCCAACUUUCUUGAUAUAAUGGAGGAUCCAAAGAACCAACCAGGAGUGUUUUAUGUGCAGAAACAAAAUUCAAACUUUACGGAGGAAUUUUCUGAGAUACUCUGUGAUGCAUCUCCAGAUAUUCCAUGGUUCUCUGAGGCACUCGGCAAAGAUCCAGAUGCUGUUAAUUUCUGGAUGGGUGACCAGAGAGCUGUUACAUCAAUGCACAAAGACCACUAUGAGAAUAUAUACUGCGUAGUAUCUGGUUAUAAGGACUUCAUCCUUCUUCCUCCUACGGACUCAGCCUGGGUACCCUACAAGAGUUAUCCUGCAGCAACAUAUAAGGAGACGACUGCAGGCAGCUUCAUCAUUCAAGAAGACACCAACACAGGAUCUGUACCUUGGAUCUGCAUUGACCCUGUGAAGCCCGACCUGGAGAAGUACCCACAGUACAAACACGCCAGUCCAGUGUUCUGCAGGGUCCACGCGGGGGAUGCCCUCUACCUCCCCUCAUUAUGGUUUCAUCAUGUUAGACAAUCUCAUGCUUGUAUUGCUGUUAAUUAUUGGUAUGAUAUGGAAUAUGAUAUAAAAUAUAAUUAUUAUAAGUUUAUACAAAAUCUUUCAUGGUUAAAAGAACCAGAAUAGGUUUUUGAGGGGGAAUUACUUUCAUUUAAUAAAUUUAAAUGAAAAAGGUGUUCCUUCUCUGCUGUCAUUGUUGACUGAAAUUAUUUUUAUCUCCUUGAAAAGUAUAAUAUUAAAGUUAUCAAGAAAUAUG